AUGGCUACGGCUACCGAUCACCAGGCCGCACCGACGCGGGCCGAGUCCCCUUCGCCUGAGAUAGACCCAACACCAGCGAUAGGAGCCUAUCCUGAGCUCUCUCGCUGUCUGUCGACAGCAUCCGAUCUAUCCCACGGGUCUGGCACUGAGUUCACCCCUAGGGACUCCCUUGGGAGCAUGGGAAGCGAUGCGUUCUCCAGGCAGUCAUCUGCAAGCUAUGGCCGCCGCUCCGAUGUGAGCUUUGCCUCAUCCCGCCAUUCGAGUUACAGUGUCGACAGUCGAGCCAGUCGACGACGCGGAUACAUGCGGCCCCAAGGUACGGCUUUUGCCGCAAGUGCCCAGUCGAGGGAGAGCGUCAUGAGUCUUGGGAGCAUCGCCCAUGUUCAGCACUACUUCGCCCGCACCGGCCUGCUUGACGGCAAGGGUGGUCAGCUUCAGAGGAAGAACAGGAAACUGAGAGAAACACUAGAUUUGUCAUCCCUCGACGCGGCGAACCUAUCACUGCCACUGUUCGCCUCUGAUUCUGACUCUUCAUAUGCUUCAAUGGGUAGCAGCCCUGAUCUUGCUGCCUCUGGAUUCACUGCUGGAGCAAUGGUCGAGUCACCCCUCGAUGACGAAUACUAUUCCGACGAAUUCGAAGACGGCGACCCAAACAUGCUUCCACCGACGGCUAGUACCUAUAUCAACCGCGAGAAGCCAGUGCCGAAGCCGCCAUCCAUAGCAGAACUCAAAUCAUCUCUCACCAGUUCACUUGAGAAAGCAGCAGUAUCUCUCAAGGAAGCGAGGGCACGUCAAGACUCGGCGGAGGAGCAAGAGCAUCCCUUCGCCGAAACUCCCACCAUUGAGGUUAGGAAUCCAGCAGGCGGUCAUACUCGCCAGAAAUCCUCCAAGACCCAUGGUUGGUUCGAAAUCCAGGGGAUGCACAUUCUCGACGUCAUGACGCUCGCUAUUCGCGCCGCCAAGAUGUACUACACUGCACACGAACAGCCAGAACGCCUUGACGCGAUUAAACCCGAGCGCCAGAUCCGCGCCGACAUAUUUUCCGUCAUGGAAACGCUGAAGCAGAUGGCAACUCGUCGAUGGGCUGGAGGUAUGCGUGACGAAGAGCUUGACAUUCUCGACAGGUGGAUCCAAGGCCUCUUCGCCAUGCUUCAGCAGGAGCAUGAUAUGGAGGAGGCCGAGCGUGCCGAGCAAGCCACUUGGACUUGGCUCCAUGGUGACUGGGCUGGAAAGGAAGUGGAACGGGAGCUCUCUUUUAUGGCUUCUCUUGAAGUUGGCUUGGGCCUCGGACCACUCCCGGAAUAUACGCCAUCGACGGGUUUAGCGUCUGGCGAUCUCCCUACUCCUUUUCUCAGAAGCAUGCAGAAUGGGCUUCGUCUUGUGAAGCUUCAUAACGCUGCCGUCAAGAAGUCGAGCCGCCGAUUCGGCGGCAUCACUACCUUUCAUGAGGACACGGAAAAGCCGUACCGUUGCGCUGAUAAUCUUCGAUAUUGGAUUAAGGCAGCGGAACUCAGGUGGGAGGUGCCACUCAAAAUCGAUGCUCUCGGCAUAGUCUACAACAGUACUCCUGAUGUCUGGAUCGGACUCGAGACAGCCAUUUGGGCGUGGUGCAAAAGGGUGAGGGAGGAGAUCUCAACAGAACUAGCAAGCUGA